ACUAGCCCAUCGCGUGGUCUUCCUUGGCUUCCAUAUUGAAGUGAUUAUACGGAAAGGCCGCCCGGUUGCUAGUGAUUAGCUUUUAUUGUACCCACUGCAGCACUUGUCUUUAGUACACGGCGUCUAACCGCUUGGAGUUUUUGGUGACAGGGGAGCCCCGGUGCCUGACACCUCGUUCCCUGGGGUGGACGGGACAUGGCGACUCAGGUAGAGGCUCCGCUGUUGCCCGCGAACCCACUACCACCCUUGCAGCAGCCACCCCAGGAGGUGGAGGAGGGGUGCAGGGAACCUAGCUCUAAGGAAGACGUGUGCACGGAGGGCGACGAGGGGCUGGUCCGCAAGGAGUUUGUCGAGGCUCCACCGCCCAAGGUGAACCCCUGGAUCAAGGCGAAUAACGGAGGGCCGGUGAAUGGGCAACUUCCUGCGGAUCCUCCAGUACCUGCCAAAGUUGUGAAAGCUGGGACGCCACGACCAAGAAGAGGCAGCAAGGUUGGUGAUUUUGGUGAUGCCACUAACUGGCCAACCCCUGGGGAAAUUGCCCACAAGAACGUCCAGCCUACCAAGCUAAACCCAGUCCGAAAAUCUUUGAGUAAGAAAGAAAUGAAAGAAGAAAGUGCUGAUGGAAAAGAGAACCAAAGGGUAAAAUCAGACGAGUCCAGUGAAGAAAAGAACGGGGAUGAUGAUGGUCAGAGGUCUUCUCAAAAAAAGAAAGGUGGGGAUACCAGAGGCAUAAUCAAAAACCUAAAUAAAGGAAAUAAACACAAGUGGGUACCUUUGCAAAUCGAGAUGAAGCCCGAUGGACCACGAGAAAAAACAGCCUCAAGAAACAAUCGGCAGAAUGAGCAGCAGCGCCAUGCUCUAAAUCGCAGCGACCCUAAAGCUUGGCAUCCAGAUAACAAGCAUGAGAAGGACUGGCCUGACUAUGAUGACACCUCCAGCGUGAAAAGUGAAGGAGCUGUACGAGGAGGGUUCCGAGGUCGAGGUCGUGGACGGGGGAGAGGAAGAGGACGUGGUCGAGGAGGAACCCGUUCUCAUUUUGAUUAUCAGUAUGGGUUCCGAAAAUUUGACAGCACAGAUGGGUCCCGUGGGCCAAAGUAUCCCAGUAACAUCACAUACUAUUAUGACAACAUGAGUAGUUCUGAGCUAUACAGCGUUGAUCAAGAGCUAUUGAAAGACUACAUCAAAAGGCAGAUAGAAUACUACUUUAGUGUAGACAAUCUGCAGAGGGACUUUUUUCUGCGCAAGAAGAUGGAUUCAGGUGGUUUCCUACCCAUUAGCCUUAUUGCCAGUUUUCAUAGAGUCCAAGCUCUUACAACAGAUGUUGGACUAAUUGUUAAGGCACUAAAAGAUAGCAAAGUGGUGGAAAUCAUUGAUGAGAAGAUCAGGCGGAAGGAACAGCCUGAUGUUUGGCCACUACCAGGUCCAUCUCUUUCAGAUGCCGCUCAAACUGAUUUUUCUCAACUUAUUAAUUGUCCUGAGUUUGUACCAAGACAAGGAUUUCAGAAAGAAACUGAAUCGGCUCCAGGUUCUCCCCGUUCUUCCAGCCCUCCCUUGCCGUCAAAAAAAGAUGAAGUCAGUAACCUGAAGACCAUGCCCAAGGGGUUGUCUGCUAGUUUGCCUGAUUUGGACUCUGAAGCAUGGAUAGAGGUCAAGAAAAGGCCGCGACCCUCUCCAGCAAGAACCAAAAAACAGGAUGAUGUUAAGUCCCCUUCACAGACUGUGCCACCGACCGCAACACCCCAGAAGCCCCCCAAAGAGCAGGAUGAGCCAGAGGAACUAGACUUCAUGUUUGAUGAGGAAAUGGAGCAGAUUGAUGGCCGGAAGAAUACCUUCACUGACUGGUCUGAUGAGGACUCGGACUAUGAGAUUGAUGACAGGGAUGUUAACAAAAUUCUCAUUGUCACUCAGACCCCACCUUCCCUACGGAAACACCCAGGAGGCGAUCGUACUGGAAACCAUAUCUCCCGAGCCAAAAUGAGCUCAGAAUUUGCAAAAGUAAUAAAUGACGGCUUGUUUUAUUAUGAGCAAGACCUAUGGACAGAGCAGUUUGAGCCUGAAUAUUCUCAGAUAAAGCAAGAGGUUGAAAACUUUAAAAAGGUGAACAUGAUCAGCAGAGAGCAGUUCGUCACCUUGACUCCAGAGCCCCCUGUCGAUCCAAAUCAGGAAGUUCCUCCAGGUCCUCCAAGGUUUCAACAUGUUCCUACUGAUGCUUUGGCUAACAAGCUGUUUGGUGCUCCUGAACCUUCCACAAUCGCCCGUUCACUACCAACCACUGUUCCUGAAUCUCCAAAUUACCGCAAUGCCCGAACACCUCGUACCCCACGCACACCUCGGUUAAAAGAUCCAACGCUUACACCAAGAUUUUACCCAGUAGUAAAAGAGGGGAGAACAAUUGAUGCCAAGACUCCUCGGAAAAGAAAAACUCGUCAUAGCUCUAACCCACCAAUGGAAUGCCAUGUUGGUUGGGUGAUGGACUCCAGAGAGCACAGACCUCGCACUGCUUCUGUCAGCUCCAAUGCCAGCCCAUCUGAGGGGGCCCCAGCCUUGAGCAACUAUGGAUGUACCCCUCAGUCACUGCCAAAGUUCCAACAUCCUUCACAUGAGUUACUGAAGGAGAAUGGAUUCACACAGCAUGUUUACCACAAGUAUCGUCGUCGCUGCCUUAAUGAAAGGAAACGGCUGGGCAUUGGCCAGUCCCAAGAGAUGAACACACUUUUCCGCUUCUGGUCCUUCUUUUUAAGAGAUCAUUUUAACAAGAAGAUGUAUGAGGAGUUCAGACAGCUAUCGGUGGAGGAUGGCAAAGAAGGUUACAGGUACGGAUUGGAAUGCCUUUUCAGAUAUUACAGCUAUGGGCUUGAAAGGAAAUUCAGAGUGGACAUCUUUCGGGAUUUCCAGGAAGAGACCAGAAGGGAUUAUGAAACUGGUCAGCUAUAUGGGUUGGAAAAGUUUUGGGCCUUUCUAAAAUAUUCCAAAGCCAAACAUCUAGACAUUGACCCUAAAUUACAGGAAUACCUGAGCAAAUUCCGCAGACUAGAAGAUUUCAGGGUGGAUCCACCAAUGGGAGAAGAUGGAGGUUCACGACGGCGUCACUCACUCUCAACAGGAGAGGGUCGGAGGCGAUACCCAUCUCAGUCUUCCAGUAGAGGAUCAGGUCAUCAAUCGCAUUCAUCAUCCCACAACCCAUCAAGGGAAGAUGCCAAAACACAGAGCCAUCCCUCUAAUGCCGUAUCAGAUCCCCAAACCACAGGAGGGGAAAAGUAGAGCUCAUUAAUUGGAGAUAAAGUAGGGGGCUGGGGAGGAAAUGAGGGAGAGACUUCCUUGGAGUGUGAGGCUUUUGGUUCACAAACAAAAUGGAUCCCCUCCACCUCCUACAGGAAAUAAAACAAACCCCAGAGACUCCAGGUUCUGGAGAGAUGGAAUAACUGUUCCCAUAUCUUUCCUGCAAAGUGUGUUGGCUGCUCAUUCGAAAGAGGAAAAAUAUAUUGGUUUGAAUUAGGGAUAUUAAAUUUUAGUUUAUUUUUUUAGCGGGAAACAGGCAGAAGUGUCUCACUCAGUGGGGAGUGAGAAUUUGUAUUUUAUUAUUUUUUCUGUGUUAAAUUAUUAUUGCCCUCCCUCUGAACUUAUAUAGUCCCUUGGUGGGAAAUAAAGGAGUGCAGGGUUCAUUUUUGCUCUAAAGUGUAAUAGAGCAGCUAUCAGAGCUAUGCUGUUACAGACUAGAAGACACACCUGGGGCCAUUAAAUCACAAGUUCUUUGCACAAGACAAAUCCACCUGUUUAAAGCCUUUGGAUUUGGCACCAUCUCAUCUUUUGGCAACCGCGUUUCUUCAUAUUGGAUGCUUAGGAGAGAAACUGGCAACUGUCCUGUAGGUGGUGAUGCACUUUGGCUUCAUAUCCCCUGAAAAUGUCUUUUUACACAGCCCAUAGCUUUGAAACAGCCCUGCUUUUUUCCAAAGAGAGAUACUUUUUUUUUUUUUUUAAAUUCAGACUGUGAAUGAAAAAACUACAAAAAACUGGCAAAAGACUAUAAAAAAGAAAAAAAAUAGACUGCCUUUACUCCCCUCCUCCUUUUUAAAAUCAGUUAAGUGAUAAGAAAACAUUACAAAAAGUUGCCUUAUUUGUAAACUUCAAACUCACGCUGCCGCUUUUGGAAGGACAGAGCAGCCAAUCAGAAGCAGGGACUGCAGAUUAAUGAAAUCUCAUGGCCAUGAAAAAACAAAACGUGCACAGUUGUCUCUUGCUGGCUCUUUCUUUCCUGGCGCAGACUUCUUUGGCUUAACCCCCCAGAGCAUAAUUACUGGGUAUUUUCAGACUUUCAUUAAUGUUUAGGGAAAAUAAGACCAUUAUAGGGGGAGUUUAUUUCCUGGUGAGAACUGAAUUAAGAAAAAAUAUCAGCAGUUAUUUAAUAUGCCAAGGGUUGCUUGUGUUGCAUCUGCUGUGUCACUGGGGCAUCUUCGGAAUUUAAAGGUUGGCAAAGCAUAUUCAGGGUUGAUCAUAGUGGUGUUGGAUUAAUCAGCUUGAACCUAAGGGGGCACACUGCUUUGCAUAUUAGAUCCUUGCAGUGAAAUCAUAUCACUACCACACUGCAAUAUUGAGAUCUGGUUUUCUGAAAUGCAGGAAAUUUUAGUCCAUGAAAACUGUUAACGUACAAAAAGAGGUAUUAUCUCCAACAUCAGAAUGGCAACAAAUGUGCAUUUAUUUUUCUUUUCUGUUAGCAGCUAUAUUGAGAAGGCAUACUGCCGUAGCUUGUAUUGCAAAAUGCAUUUACAUCAGUGUCGAGACAGCUGGUGGUCAGGGAGAAUACCCUAAAAAUUAGGGUAGUUUUGACAGUACUAAGGAUAAAAGUUAAACUUUGUAGGUACUUUGCAAAAACUGCCCUGGCACCAAUAGUAUUGCAAAAUAUUGCAUUAUAUAGAUUCCCAUAUUUGAGAUCAGAAGUUGUUAACAAUGCAUUGCUGGUUUAAUGCAUUGGGCUCCUGAAAUCAAGGUGUAUUUGUGUCUUCAGUAUACCUUGUCAGGGUUUCACUGCAGUACAUCUGCAUUGCCUGAAAUAAAUUAGGCCUAGAUCUUUAAGGAAUUUUUCAGUUGCUGAUAACACAGGAAGUUAAUGGUUCUUUCUUUCCCCCUAUGGUUAUAACUUUUCACCAUUGCUGGUGGGUGGUGGCCAGCUGAUUUCUCUUUACCUACUCUAUAGUUUGGUCCUUUAUGGAGUAGAAAGAGAGGUGAGAAAUAUGAGUGCCUAAAACUCCCUGUGUUCCUUGAGGACUAGGCCUUGAAGAAGGUGCUUUGAAGAACCUUUCAUAUUUAUGUAGGGAUAAGGUUAAAACCUAAAAUCUGCAUUUAGGUAUGUUUGUGCUACAGAACAUAUAUCAAGUAUGUAUAGAUAAAUAUAUAUAUAUAUAUAUAUUAGCAGCCAUGGUUAGCUGCUCACUUCUCUUCCUGGUCCACAUUUUUUUUUAUACUGACAUUAGUUAGUAAAUGUGCUAUGGUUAAAUCAUGAUUCGGACAGCUCAUUGUCAUUGCAAUUUAGGAUCCAGAAGGGGGCUUUUUGUUUGGUUGCACCUUACAGUACAAAUACUUUUAAGUGAAUUUAUUACUGUAGUACUAUAGCCCCCAAAUCUGGAAUUGAUCUUUACUGUUUUACCACACAACUUGCUUUAAUACCACUUUUUGUAUAAUUUCUAUAGAACUGGCAUACACAUCUUGGAGUUAGAAUUUUUACAUUUAGUCAACUCAUACACAUCAUCCACUUAAGAAACAACCUCAGUUUUUAUAAUUUGUAUUAUAAAAGGAGCCCCAGUCUCACACCCAUGUCUUUUGACAUCUGGGGCCCUGUUUGGAUUUCAUAGAGAUACCACCUUUCUACCCAUUUGCACUGCCAACUCUGAUUUCAUACACCUACAAAGGUCAUUGAUCUGACUUUUUGCAAGCUGCUGUCCCUGACCAUGGAAUGCUACAAGUACAUAAUCUUGCCCGUUAUGCUAAGAUUAUAAGAGGACAGAAAUAUAUAUAAAAAAAAAAAAAAAAGAAAAUAAAAAUGUAAAAUACUUGAAUGAGCGCUUGUAUUAUAACAUUAAUAUUAUUCAGAGUAUCCAUUCUUAUUGCGUUAUGAUUUGCUCCUAGCUGUGCUUUAGUCAUUUCUUGGUAAUUUGUGGUAAUUAUACUUCCUUUUUAAUACAAAAAAAAUGUAUAAAAAUAAAAACCUUAAAAGAC